AGGGAUGUUUUUGAUUUUUGUACUGGACCGUCCGUUUUUUCAGGUGGCUUCUCUAGUUUCAUUCGAUGUGUCUAUCAGGCGAAAAGAGUCAACAACAACACAGUCACACUUGUAUGUGAACGCGAUCAGGGAUGUUGCGAGCACGGCUGUUGCCCGAAAGACCAGCACUGGAUGACUGGAGUGUACGUGUUAUUAGCGUUCGUGUUGUUGGUGUUCGUGGUAGGGACGGUGUUGAUAAUCGUCUGCUACCAGAGAUCCAAAAGUAAACAGAGAAAAGAACAACGGCAGGCUAUGGAGUACAGCGGUUAUGCAUCUUCUCAGGUGAAAUUGAAAUUUGAAAUUGAUUGA